UAUCACAAUUCCAAUAACCCACGCCACAGACCAAACGAUAGUUACAGCAAUGUGUUCCUUAAGGUUGAUGAUCCUCUGUUUCCUCUGCUUCACUUUGUUCUUCAUUCCCAUUGUCCCCCGCCAAGCAAUCGCUCAGCCAGAUUUUCAAUUUUAUGAUUGCGUUGAAACCCAAGGUAAUUUCACCACCAACACAACCUACAAAGCUAAUCUAGAUCACCUCCUCUCCACCUUCACCACCGACCACCAAAUAGACUAUGGCUUUUACAACUUCUCUUACGGCCAUGAAAACAGAGCCAAUGUGAUUGGCCUAUGCAGAGGAGACCUCGCGCCAAACGCUUGCACCACGUGCCUAAACAACUCAAGAACUCUUCUCCCUCUGCGCUGUCCCAACCAAACAGAAGCCAUCGGAUGGUACGACGAGUGUAUGCUCCGUUACUCAAACCGCUCUAUAUUCAACUCCAUAGAGAUUUCCCCUGCUUUCCGUGGCUGGAAUCCUAAUAAUGCUUCCGACCCAAAUCGAUUCAUCCAGAUCGCUACAACCUUGCUCCAACAGCUCACCCAUGAAGCUGCGUUGGGUGAUUCUCGUCUAAAAUUUUCUACUGGAAUCACAUCUAUUCCAAACUUUCCAACAAUCUAUGGAGCUGUGCAGUGCACCCCUGAUUUAUCCCCUCAAAAUUGCACUGCCUGCUUGCUUGGUGCUAUUCAACGAAUUCAACUUUGCUGCGGCGGGAAAGCAGGGGGUAGAAUUGGGAGACCCAGUUGCAAUUUUAGGUUUGAGAGUUACCUUUUCUAUCAACAAUCCCCUGUUUCCUCAACCCCAUCUCCAAAUCCGACACUGCCACCGUCUCCUCUUCUAUCAAAUUCAAAUACACCACCGCCACAACGUAAAACAUCUCGGACAGUGAUCUUCAUCGUUGUACCAAUAAUUGUGGGCGUCGUUUCUGCUGUCAUGAUAACAAUCACCAUCCGUAUUUUCUUAACCAAAACAAAGCGAAGAAACUCAACAACUCAUGUACCCGCAAGUAUGGCGCCGGAGGAUGAAGAAACGGAUUUGGAAACUUCGCAAUUCGAUUUCGACACCAUUAAGAUUGCGACAAACGGAUUCUCGGAAGAAAAUAAACUUGGGGAAGGUGGUUUUGGGGCGGUUUAUAAGGGUCAACUUCCCAGUGGAGAAACUAUAGCGGUCAAACGACUCUCACAGACUUCAAAUCAAGGAGAAAAUGAGUUCAAAACUGAAAUUCUAUUAGUGGCUAAACUUCAGCAUCGAAAUUUAGUUCGGCUCUUGGGUUUUUGCUUUAAAGAAAAUGAAAAGCUUCUCAUAUAUGAGUUUGUAGAGAACUCCAGUCUCGAGAAAUUCCUAUUUAAUCCCUAUAGACGUGUGAGUUUAGAUUGGAAAACUCGCUACAACAUUAUAGGUGGAAUUACUCGAGGACUUGUUUACCUUCACGAAGAUUCUCAACUCAGAAUUAUACAUCGAGAUCUUAAAGCUAGUAACAUUUUGCUAGAUAAUGAAAUGAAUGCUAAAAUUUCUGAUUUUGGUACUGCAAGAUUAUUUUCACACGAUCAAAUACAAGGAGAUACAAGAAAAAUCGUUGGCACUUAUGGAUACAUGGCUCCUGAGUAUGUCCAUAAGGGUCAUUUCUCAAUCAAGUCGGAUGUUUUUAGUUUCGGCGUUUUAGUUUUGGAGAUUGUGACUGGACUAAAAAGUAAUCAUGUUCAUCCUAACAACGAGAUUGUAGGUGUUGUAGGCUAUGCUUGGAAAAAUUGGCAGAGCGGAGACAUUCUAAAUCUCAUAGAUCCUACUUUGACUAGUGGUUCAAAGACCGAAAUGGUAAGAUGCAUUCAUAUUGGGUUGCUAUGUGUUCAAGAAAAUGUAGUUAAGAGGCCAACUAUGGGUACCAUACUUCUCAUGCUUAACAGCUGCUCUAUUACUCUUCCAAGACCUUCUCAACCUGCUUUCAUUUUGAGUAGCACCAACUCUCAAGUGUCUGAACAAUCUAACCACAACUCAACUCAAGAACUAAAUGACAUGUCAAUUACAGACCUUUAUCCUCGUUAGCUUGAUAUGUAUAUACAAGGAUAUAAGUCUGAAAGAAGUUAAAAUGUGCAUAAACUUGUAACGAUCUACAUUUUCUAAUACAAUCAUUCUAUUUUCCAUUUUCUCAAAUAA